AUGUUCAUCGAGAGAAAAUUGAUCCAAUCGUUCAAGAAGGAAAGCCAAGCCUGUGGAGGCAGUACUGCGAUGUCUUCGGCGCCCUCCUCGCCCGUAAGUUACACCCCUCCAUCCCCGACGUCGGACUCCACUCACGAGCCCAUUCUAAAGGCACAACAAGCUGCUCAACAGAGUCUCUCCGCUGCAGCACAGAGGUCACCGUGUUUUCCAUUAUCGCUUCUGUAUGGCACACAGGUUCCGAGCAGUUAUCUCUUCGUUGGCUCGCCUCCGUUCCUCUCGCAUUUGCCUAGCCCGGAUCCUUCGCAAAUCCCAGCUUUCAUGAAUCGAAAUCUGAUGUUCGGCGCCCAUCAGGGCUCCGCUUUCACCGAUUUUCUUGUGAAGGAGAAAUGCCUCGACUUUGCUCGAAACUACCAACGAGCAAGAAGUUCGCUCGAAGUCAUUCAACAACAACAGCAACAGCAUCAACAGCAGCAACAACAACAACAACAGCAGCAGCAAGCUGCCCAGCAACAAAGUCGUCUUGGGCUCGGAUCAGGGCAAAAUUGGCGGUCGCCGCUCGAGCUGCUAAAGGUAGACGACAAUCUUACUCAGACUUCCGAUUCGGAAAAGGCAUCCCAAGGCACGACCGAGCCCCCUCGGUGGGAUAAUCUUUUACGGCUUUUCAAUCCGUCUAUUCAAUUCCGCAAGCUGUCGAGCCCAAAUCAAAUACCCAUGUGCCCUAUUUGCGGCAUCACAUUGACAUCGCAGCAACUACCAGAGCAUUUCGAAUUCGAAAUGGAAAAGUUAUCCAGCGACAGAAGGUGGAUGGCUCAAAGCGAUAGGACUCAGGAAGACGACAUGACUGAUCAACAGCUGGAACGUCUUUGUCGUCCACCUUACGGAGCGGAAAAACGGUCACCACUCUCUCGCUGGGAGACGUUUCAGAAGGUGCGUGGCAACCGACAACAUCGCCUUAACGCGAAAAUCCGGAAGGAAGAGGAGAACAACCCUUGGGAUCGGCAUUAUGCUUUCUCCGUGGCGGGGCGGAAACGCAGGACUGAGGAAAUAACGAGUUCGCCUCUGGAUCUGAAGCAAGAGCCCGGGACGGUCGUAGGAAAUCAGGACAACAAGCGACAUCAGGUCGACGUUGGAGCCAGUAGCCCGUCAGAUGCUCCUCGACCAUCGUCAGCCGAUCGUCACUCGCACAGUCCCAAAUCGCCUCCUACAGGCUCCGAUGCAGCCGGUCACUGUACGGUGUGCGACAAAGCUUACGACAAACCAUUGGUAUCAACGUCGUGUUGGCACGUUCAUUGUGAAGCUUGCUGGAACCAGAGCUUGGCCACGAAGCAAUGCUGCCCACAGUGCGAGGCGGCAACCUCAUCGCAAGAGCUGCGAUCCAUCCACCUCUGAGGUUGAACUCAACUUGUUUCCUCUCUUCCAAGUAAUCUUCGUCAAACAAGACAGACGACCGGCAGACAGAUGAG